AAAUCCUGGAUAAGGGAAACCAAUAUCGGGGUUGGAGUCAACCACCUAUUCUACAUUGUAUUGAUUUUUUUGUGACCAUUCAGCACAGGUUCCAUUUGCGAAGUUGUUCUCCACAGAAUAGCUAGUUGGCUCGUUAACUAAUGUUGACAUUUAGAGUUCGGGAAAACCGUUUGACAUCUGUUUUCACGUUGUUCAGGACUGCGCUUCCGCCAUAUUGAAGCAGUUCACUAGCGGCAAGUUGUGACUGACUGGCUAGGACCGAACUGACAAGAGAUCCGCUAGGCUCUAAGAUAGACUUGGUGGGGCUGUUAGCGCGCUGGUGACGCAGGAAAAACACCCAAGAGCUGACAAAAAAAAAAAAACAACAACCAAGGAACCAGAUUAUUCUAACUGACAGAGCUUCAAAUGAAAUAGCAAGAUAUAUAGGGCACAUUUAUGUAAUAAACAACGACACACUCGUCAAGGCUGGAGUAGCUCGUUAAUAGAGGAGAAGUCCUAUCAAAUUCCUGGUUAUGCAAUGGUCUCAGCGGCCCGUCCAGAUCUCCAGGUGGUUCUGUCCCUCUCUCUCGUGCCUCGGCCGCUGCUCUCCUCCCUCUGCUCUUCCUCUGAGGUUGCCGAGGCUCCUCCUGUGAUUUCCCUCGUGGUCAGUGCUGCCUAAGAGGCCAAGAUUGCCAAGAUCUGCCCAGUGGCGAGCAUGACGGCCACCACGCGUGGCUCUCCGGUGGGGGGCAACGACAGCCAGUCGGGCCAGGGCCAGGCACCCGAUGCCCAGAGUCCGAGUCAGCCCCCGCUGCCACAGAACCAGACUUUGUCCCCUAACUCGUCCAAUGAGAACUCUCCAGUGAGCCCCCCGGAUGAGCAGGGUCAGGGGGAUGGACCCCCACAGCUGGAGGAGGAGGUGGAGGAGCCAGCCUUCCCUCACACAGACCUGACAAAGCUGGAUGACAUGAUCAACAGACCCCGCUGGGUGGUUCCCGUUCUGCCAAAGGGAGAGUUGGAGGUUCUUCUAGAAGCUGCUAUAGAGCUUAGUAAAAAGGAACUUGAUGUGAAGUGUGAGGCAUGCCAGAGGUUUUUCAGGGACGGCCUGACCAUCUCUUUCACCAAGAUUCUCACAGACGAGGCCGUCAGCGGGUGGAAGUUCGAGAUACAUAGGUGUAUCAUCAACAACACCCACCGGCUGGUGGAGCUGUGUGUGGCCAAGCUCUCUCAGGACUGGUUCCCCUUGCUGGAGCUGCUGGCCAUGGCCUUCAACCCCCACUGCAAGUUUCACAUCUACAAUGGCACGAGGCCCUCUGAGACGGUGCCCGCCGGGGCGCAGCUGGCAGACGAUGAGCUCUUUGCCCGCCCCCCUGACCCUCGCUCUCCAAAGGGCUGGUUGGUGGAUUUAAUUAACAAAUUCGGCACGUUAAACGGGUUUCAAACGCUGCACGAUCGCUUCAUAAGUGGCCAAGCACUGAACGUCCAGAUCAUCGCUGCCCUUAUCAAGCCUUUCGGGCAGUGUUACGAGUUUCUCACGUUGCACACGGUGAAGAAGUACUUCCUGCCCGUCAUCGAGAUGGUUCCUCAGUUCCUGGAGAAUCUGACAGACGAGGAGCUGAAGAAGGAAGCUAAGAACGAAGCCAAAAAUGAUGCCCUGUCCAUGAUCAUCAAGUCCCUGAAGAACCUGGCCUCCAAGGUGCCUGGGCAGGAGGAGACUGUCAAGAACUUAGAGAUUUUUAGGUUAAAAAUGAUUCUUAGGUUAUUGCAAAUUUCCUCUUUUAAUGGCAAAAUGAAUGCACUAAACGAAGUAAACAAAGUAAUCUCCAGUGUGUCCUAUUACACACAUCGGCAUGGCAACCCCGAGGAGGAGGAGUGGCUAACUGCAGAACGCAUGGCGGAGUGGAUCCAGCAGAACCACAUCCUGUCCAUUGUGCUGAGGGACAGCCUCCACCAGCCUCAGUAUGUAGAGAAACUAGAGAAGAUACUGCGCUUCGUCAUCAAGGAGAAAGCUCUUACCAUGCAGGACCUGGACAACAUCUGGGCUGCACAGGCUGGUAAACAUGAGGCCAUUGUGAAGAACGUACACGACCUGUUGGCCAAGCUGGCCUGGGACUUCUCUCCUGAGCAGCUCGACCACCUCUUUGACUGCUUCAAGGCGAGUUGGACGAACGCCAGUAAGAAGCAACGUGAGAAGCUGUUGGAACUGAUCCGUCGCCUGGCGGAGGAUGACAAGGAUGGCGUGAUGGCCCACAAGGUGCUGAACCUAUUGUGGAACCUGGCUCACAGCGAUGACGUGCCUGUAGACAUCAUGGACCAGGCACUCAGUGCUCACAUAAAGAUACUGGACUACAGUUGCUCUCAGGAUAGAGACACGCAGAAGAUCCAGUGGAUCGAUCGCUUCAUAGAAGAGUUGCGCACCAAUGACAAAUGGGUGAUUCCUGCACUAAAGCAGAUCCGAGAGAUCUGUAGCCUGUUCGGAGAGGCUCCUCAGAAUCUCAGUCAGACCCAGAGGAGUCCUCAUGUGUUCUAUCGUCAUGACCUGAUUAACCAGCUGCAACACAACCAUGCCCUGGUCACGCUGGUGGCUGAGAACCUCUCUGCCUACAUGGAGACCAUGAGGCAGUUCUCUAAAGCCGAGCAGGCGGAGUUUGACCCCCAGACGGUGAGGGUAGGGAGCCGCUACAGCCACGUACAGGAAGUCCAGGAGAGACUCAACUUCCUGAGGUUCCUGCUGAAGGAUGGCCAGUUGUGGCUCUGUGCUCCUCAGGCCAAACAGAUCUGGAAGUGCCUGGCUGAGAACGCAGUCUUUCUUUGUGACCGAGAGGCCUGCUUCAAAUGGUACUCCAAGCUGAUGGGUGAUGAGCCAGACCUGGACCCGGACAUCAACAAGGACUUCUUUGAGAACAACGUUCUGCAGCUGGACCCGUCUCUGCUCACGGAGAACGGCAUGAAGUGCUUUGAGAGGUUCUUCAAGGCUGUCAACUGCAGGGAAGGCAAGCUGGUGGCCAAACGUAGGGCUUACAUGAUGGACGACCUGGAACUCAUAGGCCUGGACUACCUCUGGAGGGUCGUAAUUCAAGGGAGUGAUGACAUCGCCAGUCGAGCCAUAGACCUGCUGAAAGAGAUCUACACCAACCUUGGACCAAAACUACAAGUCAAUCAGGUAGAGAUCCACGAGGAUUUCAUCCAGUCAUGUUUCGACCGUCUGAAGGCGUCGUACGAUACGCUCUGUGUUCUGGAAGGGGACAAGGACAGCAUCAACUGUGCCCGGCAGGAGGCCAUCCGCAUGGUCCGCGUGCUCACUGUGCUCAAGGAGUACAUCAACGAGUGUGACAGUGACUACCAUGAGGAGAGGACCAUACUGCCCAUGUCCAGGGCGUUUCGGGGGAAGCACAUCACAUUGAUCGUGCGUUUCCCUAACCAGGGCCGUCAGGUGGAUGACCUGGACAUCUGGUCUCACACCAACGACACCAUUGGCUCAGUGCGCCGCGGUAUCCUCACACGCAUCAAGGCCAACGCCACGCACACCAAGAUAGAGCUCUUCAUUGGCGGGGAGGUUGUUGACCCAGCCGACGACAGGAAGCUGAUUGGCCAGCUCAACCUGAAAGACAAAACGUUGAUCACAGCCAAGCUGACCCAGGUGAGUGCCAACAUGCCCUCCAGCCCAGACAGCUCCUCGGACUCUUCCACUGGCUCACCGGGUAACCAUGGCAACCACUUCAGCGAAGGGCCCAACCCCGAGGUGGAGAGCUGCCUCCCUGGAGUGAUCAUGUCUCUCCACCUGCGCUACGUCUCCUUCCUGUGGCAGGUAGCAGACCUGGGCUGUAGCCCCAACAUGCCUCUGCUACGAGACGGAGCCAGAGUACUGAUGAAGCUGAUGCCUCCAGAUAACAGUACCGUGGAGAGCCUGCGUGGUGUAUGUCUGGACCAUGCCAAGCUGGGAGAGAACGGCCUCAGCCCAACACUGGACUCACGCUUCUUUGGCCCCUCGCCAUCACAAGUCCUCUACCUCAUAGAGGUGGUGUAUGCCCUGCUCAUGCCAGCCAGCUCCACAUUGGGUGAGGACGCCAGCGACUUCCAGUACAACUUCCUGAAGAGUGGCGGGCUACCGCUGGUACUGAGCAUGCUCACGCGGAACAACUUCCUGCCAUCGGCCGACAUGGAGACGCGGCGAGGGGCGUACCUCAACGCUCUUAAGAUCGGCAAACUGCUGCUCACCGCUGUUGGGUUCGGACACGUCAAAGCUGUGGCCGAGGCUUGCCAGCCCAACGCUGAGGGGACCACACCCGUCUCACCGAUUAACCAGGCCACUCACGACCAGGCUUUGGUCCUCCAGAGUGCCCUGCAGAACCUCCCCAACCCUGCCUCUGAGUGCAUGCUCCGCAAUGUAGCUAUACGCCUGGCCCAACAGAUCUCUGACGAGAACUUCUUCCAGGCGUCGAAGUACAUCCCUGAGAUCUGUGUGAUCCGGGCGGUGCAGAAGAUAGCAUGGGCUUCAGGCUGUGGCACCAUACAGUUGGUCUUCAGCUCCAAUGAAGAGAUCAGCAAAAUCUAUGAGAAGACAAAUGUGGUUAAAGAGCCGGAUGGGGAGGAUGAGCAGGUGUGCUGUGAGGCCCUGGAGGUCAUGACCCUGUGUUUCGCCCUGCUGCCCACCGCUCUGGACACACUCAGUAAGGAGAAGGCCUGGCAGACCUUCAUCAUAGACCUGCUACUGCACUGUCACAGCAAGUCAGUUCGUCAGAUGGCCCAGGAGCAGUUCUUCCUUAUGGCCACCAGGUGCUGCAUGGGCCACCGACCCCUCCUCUUCUUCAUCACCCUCCUCUUCACUGUGCUGGGGAGCACAGCUAAAGAGCGGGCCAAGCAUGCUGGGGACUACUUCACCCUGCUCAGGCACCUCCUGAACUACGCCUACAACAGCAACAUCAACCUGCCCAACGCAGAGGUGUUGCUCAACAACGAGAUCGACUGGCUGAAGAAGAUCAGGGUACGACUACGCAGAACUCAGGAUCCGCAUCGCGAAAAACAUAUUCUUGAAAAACACAUCGGAGUUACCAAGGAGUUGCUGGCCUUCCAGACACCGGAGAAGAAGUACUACAUCGGCUGUGAGAAUGGAGGGGCCAACCUCAUCAAGGAGUUGAUGGACGACUUCAUCUUCCCAGCGUCUAACGUGUACCUGCAGUACAUGAAGAGUGGGGAGUUCCCUACGGAGCAGGCCAUCCCUGUCUGUAGCAGCCCCGCCAUCAACGCAGGCUUCGAGCUGCUGGUGGCUCUGUCAGUGAGCUGUGUCCGGAACCUCAAGCAGAUCGUCAACAUGCUCACUGACAUGUACUACCUAGGUUGUGAAGCUCUGACAGAGUGGGAGUAUCUCCCUCCGGUGGGGCCGCGGCCCACUAAAGGCUUUGUGGGGCUGAAGAACGCUGGGGCCACCUGCUACAUGAACUCAGUCAUCCAGCAGCUUUACAUGAUCCCUCCCAUCCGCGACGGAAUCCUGGCCAUCGAGGGCACCGGCACCGACGUGGACGAUGACAUGUCCGGCGACGAGAAGCAGGAGAGCGAGAGUAACGCAGACCCGCGGGAUGAGGUAUUUAGCUAUAACCACCAGUUUGACGACAAGCCGUCGCUCAGUAAGUCGGAGGACAGGAAGGAGUACAACAUUGGGGUGCUGCGCCACCUACAGGUCAUCUUUGGUCACCUGGCCUCCUCCAGACUGCAGUACUACGUACCCCGGGGCUUCUGGAAACAGUUCAGGUUAUGGGGUGAGCCGGUGAACCUGCGAGAGCAGCACGAUGCCCUGGAGUUCUUCAACUCCCUAGUGGACAGUCUGGAUGAGGCUCUGAAGGCCCUGGGUCACCCGGCCAUGCUUAGCAAGGUGCUGGGGGGAUCCUUCGCCGACCAGAAGAUCUGCCAGGGGUGCCCACAUAGAUAUGAGUGUGAGGAGUCGUUCACCACUCUGAAUGUAGACAUCAGGAACCACCAGAACCUGUUGGACUCUAUGGAGCAGUAUGUCAAGGGAGACCUGCUGGAGGGAGCCAACGCAUACCACUGUGAGAAGUGCAACAAGAAGGUGGACACAGUGAAGCGUCUGCUGAUCAAGAAGCUUCCCCCAGUGCUGGCCAUCCAGCUGAAGAGGUUUGACUACGACUGGGAGAGGGAGUGUGCCAUCAAGUUCAACGACUACUUUGAGUUCCCCAGGGAGCUGGACAUGGAGCCCUACACUGUAGCCGGGGUGGCCAAGCUGGAGGGGGACGACGUCAACCCAGAGAACCAGGUGAUCCAGCAGAACGAGCCCUCUGAUCCAGAGCCCCCGGGCAGCUCCAAGUACCGCCUGGUGGGGGUGCUGGUCCACUCAGGCCAGGCCAGCGGCGGACACUACUACUCCUACAUCACGCAGAGGAACGUGGGCGUGGCCGACGGCGAGCGGAACCGCUGGUACAAGUUUGACGACGGCGACGUGACUGAGUGCAAGAUGGACGACGAGGAGGAGAUGAAGAACCAGUGCUUCGGAGGGGAGUACAUGGGCGAGGUGUUUGACCACAUGAUGAAGAGGAUGUCCUACCGGCGCCAGAAACGCUGGUGGAAUGCCUACAUCCUCUUCUACGAACGCAUGGACUCAUUGGACAAGGACAGUGAGCUGGUCAAGUACAUCCAGGAGCUGACCAUCUCGUCCUCGUCCAACAACAAGCCGUCGCACCAGGUCAAGAUGCCCAACGUGAUCGAGUGCAGCGUGCGAAAGCAGAACGUGCAGUUCAUGCACAACCGUAUGCAAUACAGCCUGGAGUAUUUCCAGUUUGUUAAGAAACUUCUGACCUGUAACAGUGUCUAUUUAAACCCUCCGCCAGGACAAGACCAUCUACUGCCCGAUGCAGAGGAGAUGGCUAUGAUUAGUGUUCAGCUGGCUGCUAGGUUCCUCUUCAGCACUGGUUUCCACACCAAGAAAGUAGUGAGGGGGGCCGCCAGUGACUGGUAUGAUGCGCUGUGCGUCCUGCUGAGACACAGUAAGAAUGUACGCUACUGGUUUGCACAAAACAUCCUGUUUGCCUACGCCAACCGCUUCUCCGAGUACCUGCUGGAGUGCCCCAGCGCUGAGGUCCGGGGCGCGUUCGCCAAACUCAUCGUCUUCAUCGCACACUUCUCCCUUCAAGACGGACCCUGCCCCCCGCCCACAGCAUCCCCUGCCGGCGCCUCCACCCAAUCACAGGCGUGUGAUAACCUGCGUCUCAGUGACCACCUGUUGAGGGCUGUGUUGAACCUCCUCAGGAGAGAGGUGUCAGAGCAUGGCCGACACCUGCAGCAGUACUUCAACCUCUUCGUCAUGUAUGCCAACCUAGGGCUGGCAGAGAAGACUCAGUUGUUGAAGCUGAGUGUCCCAGCUACCUUCAUGCUGGUGGCUCUAGACGAGGGACCCGGUCCUCCCAUCAAGUACCAGUAUGCAGAGCUGGGGAAACUCUACACCGUGGUCUCCCAGCUGGUGCGCUGCUGUGAUGUGGCCGCACGCAUGCAGUCAUCCAUCAAUGGUAACCCCCCUCUCCCUAACCCGUACGGCGAUGCCAACCAGACCACCCCGGUGAUGCCUGUGCAGCAGCUGGUGGGAGAGAUCCUUUUUGUUAGGACCAGCUACGUGAAGAAGAUCAUCGAGGACUGCAGCAACUCAGAGGAGACAGUCAAGCUGCUGCGCUUCAGCUGCUGGGAAAAUCCCCAGUUCUCCUCUACUGUGCUAUCAGAGCUGCUCUGGCAGGUGGCGUACUCCUACACCUACGAGCUGAGGCCUUACCUGGACCUGCUGCUGCAGAUCCUGCUCAUCGAGGACUCCUGGCAGACACACAGGAUCCACAACGUGUUGAAGGGUAUACCAGACGACAGGGACGGCCUGUUUGACACCAUUCAGCGGUCCAAGAACCACUACCAGAAACGGGCCUACCAGUGUAUCAAGUGCAUGGUGGCCCUGUUCAGCAGCUGCUCUGUGGCCUACCAGAUCCUACAGAGUAACGGGGACCUGAAGCGUAAGUGGACCUGGGCGGUGGAGUGGCUGGGGGAUGAGCUGGAGAGGAGACCCUACACAGGGAACCCCCAGUACACCUACAACAACUGGUCUCCACCCGUCCAGAGCAACGAGACCUCCAACGGGUACUUCCUGGAGCGCUCGCACUCUGCACGUAUGACCCUGGCCAAGGCCUGCGAACUUUGCCCCGAGGAGUGUCACUUAACGAAGCCCGGUGAGGCCAUGUCUGAAGAAGAAGCUGCCAUGCGGAAAUCGUCCUCGCCACAGCAGCUUUUGCCAGGGGACGGGACAGGACCACAGCAACACACUGAGCCUGAUGACCAGGAAGCCUCUGAAGAUCAGGACACCUCCCCUCCAGAGGACACCUCCCUCUACCCACACUCAUCUCCUGGGACGACCACACAGUUUCAGCAGAACAACCACCCCCACGGACAGCCAUACACAGGCCCUGCUGCCCAGCUCAUGAACAACCCCCAGCACCCUGGCCCUGCCCCUUCUACCCCAGGCCCUGACCCCGGCCCAAGAGCACAAGAGAACUGGGAGAGCACUGAGGAGGUCCCCUCCACCUCCACGGCCCCUACCUCACCUAAGGAGUAACACCAGCACUCCCCUCUGCUGUACCUCCUGCUCUCUUUCCUCUCCCCUCCAGGUGACUGACCAAGCUCCUGAUCGGGACUCUCUCUCUCUCUUUGGGGUCUCCAGGGCAGGGCCAGGCUUCACAGCUCCUCUCCAGGCCCCCUCAAGUCUCAUGCUACUGUGCUGCCUGCCUGGGGGGGUGCUCUCCUCUGGGUUCUGCAUACUGGAGCCUGGGGCUGUCGACUGCAGAGGGGAUAGUGUUGUAAUGAACAUAGAAUACCCAGGCUUGACGAUGCUGACACACUUGUCAACAUGACGAAAAGGUGUACAUAGUGUGUUUGUUUUGACUGUUAAAAUGACCCCCCGUCAGGUUUGCUGUUCGGAGAGAGAUCUUGCGAGAAACAAAAAUAACAAAAAAAGCAACACUUAAGAGAAAAAAAAACAUUUUUGUUUUAUCACCCUCAGCAGUGAUAUUUGGUCUGCCAUCGGACGGUUACCGGUCAUUCACCUUUAGGAGGACACAUUGUUAUUAUUAGUAAAGUCCUUGGCAACCUCUUGACCGAUGCCAAAUCAACUGACGAGCUGGGGUUGGUUUUAGUGAGACAUGGAAUGGUUGGGUUAACUUUUACGGUGUUUUGGUUGAUGUGAAAAAAUGGUGAUGCAACAUUGUUCUGGAACUCGUUGCCUUUUUUUGGGGGGGGGGUAAUUCAGAUCUUUUCGGAAGUUCUAGUUAAUAUGCUGUAACGUUUAGCAUGGCUUCUCACCUGAAUAGCAUAGCUCAAGGGAAGACAUGUGAUAACAUCUGUCCUUCAUCCACAGGUACAGAGGACAAUUCCUUAUGGCUUUUAUUUUCUCAUCGUCCCCUUGUACAUUGAGGGUGGUAAUUUUGAACCAAUAGAAAGUGGUUUUUCAAUUGCACAUUAUUGUAAUCCAACUAAACAUUCGCCAGUCCAUUUUUGGUGGGAUAGGGAGCUUAGUAUUCAUCUAUAGGAAUUUUGAGAAAGAAAAACACCAUGUAUGAAACCUGAUUUCUCUGGAGUCUCUUUGGUAGAGACUAGUCAAACGCCGGGGCUCACCACUCUGGGGCCGCAGCGUCCUCUCCUUGGAGAAGGGGCACACCGUAUCGGCUGAUUAGUCGUGUUGCAACAUGGUCUAAGUAAUUCUUUAGGAUUUAAAAAGGUAUACAUCAGUAAAACUAUUUAAUUGCUAACUUGAAUGUGUGUAUUUUGGGGAUUUGUCUAAAAUACCAAAUAUUCUGCCCACCAUAAUACUUUGCUCUUAUUUUAUAGAAUUUAUUUUGUAUUUCACACAAAGAAUAGAAUUUGAUUUAUAAACAUUUGUCCUUGUCUUAUUUUUAAAGGUAUCGACUGUACAGGUUUUGGCCAUGGUGUGACGUUGAAUUGUGGAGCUACAGUCGCAAUGUGAACUUUCACCAAGGUUUUUUUGUGCACAGAAAAAUAUAGAAGCAUUGCGCCCUUAGCAAAUAAAGAACAUGGAAUAUUGUAUUCAUGUAACCGA